GUCGCUUCUUUAGGCAGAACCUGUAGUGCAGCAGAAGACGGGAAUAAUGCUGUUCCACUGCACCUUCCUGCUCGUGUGCCUGGCCCUGACAGUCGACCGUACGCUGGUAGAAUCUUCACGUCUGCUGCUGAAUCCAGACGUGGACGCAGGGCGCAUCGCUUCUGACCGCAAACAAGCUCCUGACGGCUACAUUUUUUCAGAUUUCGUCAUAUGGCUCAGAGCCUCCAAACAAAACAAACUGGAGAACGCCACACCCUUCAGAGAACAUUCAUCAGACGAGAGGGACGUCGUGAAACGACAAGAGGAGGCCGCAACUAUCAACACCAAGACGGAGGAGAAAAAGCGCAAACCCGGGUGUAGAAAUUACUACUGGAAAUCAUGGACAGCUUGCUGACCACACUUUUGGUCCGACACCUGAUUACGGUUUCAUGGUUUCCUUUAUAUGGUACCUUUAUUUUUCAUAUUGCCACAAUGUUGACACAGUUUUAUUUAUUUUUUGCAUUUCUUUAAAACUGAAACUCUGCCUUCUUUCUUUUUGGGCUUGUUAGUAUUCCUAAUUUUAUCAUCAUGCUAUUUAAAUGAAUUGUGACACUGAUUUUGGAGUGAGUUCUGCAUCAAAUAAAGC